AUGGUUUGGUAUGAAGCAAAUCGCACUUGUGCCGAGUCACGAGCAAAUAUAGCCAUUCCAAACUCCCAAUCCGAAGAGAAUUACAUAUAUCGGAAACUGUUCCAGAAAAACUUUGACCAAGCACAAGGCGCCGAACUCUGGAUUGGUUGCAAUGACAUCGAGGAGGAGGGAAAGUGGCAGGACUGUCCGUUGAAGGGUGAGACCAAUGGAUAUGAGAAUUGGGGGAUUGGAGAACCAAGCUACGGAGGCGACUCAGAUUGUGGGCACAUUUGGCAAGAUCAAUGGGACGAUACUGAUUGCUAUUAUCCGAAGUACGCAAUAUGUGAGCGACAUGUAUCCACACCGGUAUCCACCACGCAGACCGACAUUAACGGCCGCCUCACUCCUCAGUGCCUGCUACACCACGCCAUGAAGGAGCUAAUGGGCAAUGGUGUUGCGUCGUGCGGCAAGUCUUGCCGAUCACACCCUCGAUGUCACUCCUUCAAGCUGAUGGAACAAGAUUGCCCACCUGGUAACAAGACCACUUAG